UAGUGACCCCAGCGAGGUGGUCACGUGAGCGGAACAGGUUCAACAUGUCGGCAGAGACGGGUAGUCUCCUACUGGGCUCAGCGCUCACAGUGGUUUCCCACCCUCUUAUGUUUGUCAAGGUGCUUGUGCAGGUUGGACAUGAACCACUUCCACCAACCCUGGGAAGGAAUAUAUUUGGGCGUCAGGUUUACCAGUUGCCAGGACUCUUUGCAUAUGCGAAACACAUAAUAAAGAUUGAUGGGAAGAUGGGACUUUUCACAGGCUUGACUCCCAGAAUGUGCUCUGGUCUAAUUGGAACUAUAGUGCAUAGCAGCGUAAUACAGAAAUACCAGGAAGCCGACCAGAGUUUGGAAGGAGAAAAGGACCAGAAGGAAAGGUCCCCUUCUCUACAACAAGUGAUUGAUGAGACAUCACGUGAAAUGGUUGCCCGCUCUGCUGCCACAAUAAUCACCCACCCCUUCCAUGUGAUUACACUAAGGUGUAUGGUGCAGUUCAUAGGCAGAGAGACCAAGUACAGUGGAGUAUUCGAUUCUAUAUUGACAAUCUAUCGAGAAGAAGGUAUCUUGGGAUUUUUUGCUGGUCUUAUCCCCCGACUUCUUGGUGACAUCAUUUCCCUGUGGCUCUGCAAUAUGUUGACACAUCUCAUCAAUGCUUAUGCACUGGAUAACAGUGUAUCGCAUAUGAAAGAAAUGAAGAGUUAUUCACAGGCAGUGACAGGGUUUUUUGCCAGUAUGGUGACGUAUCCAUUUGUUUUAGUUUCGAACCUGAUGGCUGUCAACAGUUGUGGGCUUGCUGGUGGCCUUCCUCCUUAUGCACCUGCAUAUGCAUCCUGGUUAGAUUGCUGGAAACAUUUAAGUAAAGAGAGUAACCUGAGUCGAGGAAACAGCUUGUUUUUCCGUAAAGCGCCUGCAGGGAAAACAUACUCUGUCCAGCAUAAGCGUUUUUAUUAACAAAAUGCCCUACUGCAAAAAAAAAAAUGUUAAAUAAAAGUGAAUGUUAAUCAUUUGUAUGCAGUUGUUUACAAAAAAAGUAAGAUUUUUUAACAAUUAUUUUCAAUCACUGAACAUUAGUAAAGAUAUCUGUUGAUUUAUUUAACAGUGCGUGCUGCUCUGUAUAACUGGUUUUAAGUUAGAAAAUUUAAAAUUAAUUUUGUAAAUACAAUGGAACCACCAAAUACA